AUGACAGCAAACUUAAGGGUUCAGACUGGAGCUGAACUUCUGAGUCGUACUUCUCAUGAUAUUAACUGCCACUUGUCUGAAGCCAGGUCACAGUGUCCUUUGAGUUCAUCGCUGGAUGGUUCCAACAGAGUUGAUGACGCUAAGUUGCAGUCGCCGUUAGCGACUGAAGAUAGUCCUGACGCCGUCAGGUUACGCAACUUCAGUUUCCCUAAUAUUAACAGUUCUGAAUGCCCUAGUUCAGGACGUAUUUCAAUUGGAGGAAAAAGUUUGCCCCAUGAUCCUAGCAGAAAUUCAUUAAUCAAAAGGGAAAAGACCUUUAAUAUGGAAGAGUCCCAAUCCGAAGCAUUGUUCAACCAUCUGAAACUUUACACAAUCGGUAACAAUAAUAGGGAAUCUCACAGUGGCUACAACACUUUGAAGUCAAAGUUUUGGUCACAUAGUCGGAAGAGUAGUGAAGACUCCCCCAGGCUUUCCUUGUUGAGCCAUCGCAGAUCAAGCUUAUUUUCGAGUAACUAUGCUGAUAGUUCCUCCAGUGGCCGGCCAUCUGUGGGUUCGAGUGGGAGCAGUGGAACAAAGAGUUAUCAUAAAAGGUCCAGAGAUCAUGUGUCAGUCCCCAUAUGUAUUAAAUCCCCAAAUGGGCGAAAGUCUGAGCCUUUAUUUGCCGUUAACUUACCCUCCAGUCAAAGGAAUGAACAACCAGAGGAGAGAAGGAAGACAACCGAGAACAUGAAUCUUCAGGGUGCAAUAGCUGAAGAUACUAGUGAACAAUUAAGGAGGAACUCAAGUGGAAACUUUGGUAGCUUGCUUGACUUCACAUCAAAGACUGGAAUACAAGCUAAAGGUCACGUCUUUGCUCACUGUCCAGAAUCAGGUGAUCGGCCAACACCUGUCAUUGAUCUUAAUAUUGGUACUUGGGAUGCUGGUAUUUAUCAAUCGUAUCCUGAAGGGAUUAGAAAAUCAAGUGAUUCUUUGCUAUCAUCACUGACUUCUCGGAACAGCUCUAUACCUGACUUUUCGAAACAUUUAGUGUCUAGAGACGUCUCUCAAAUUCAAAACGAAGGAGAACAGUUAGAUGAGGAGUCUUCAGAAGAACAGUGUGUUUUAAGUCAAGAUCAAUUGUUAGGCGUCCCUGAAUUGCAGAAUGACGAUGAUGUUUUAAAUUUACAAGAGUUUUUGAAGAACUGUUGA